GUAACUUCCGUCUGUAUUUCUUUCUUUCUUUUUCUGACGGAGUAAAGUUCGGUUGGAAAAAUGGGUCGCCGUCCAGCGAGAUGUUAUCGUUACUGUAAAAACAAGCCUUAUCCAAAAUCCCGUUUCUGUCGUGGUGUACCCGAUCCCAAGAUCCGUAUCUUCGAUUUGGGCAGAAAGAAGGCUGGCGUAGAAGAUUUCCCCCUAUGCGUGCAUUUGGUGUCUGACGAAUAUGAACAGCUUUCAUCCGAAGCCUUGGAAGCAGGCCGUAUUUGCUGCAACAAAUACUUGGUGAAAUUCUGCGGUAAGGAUCAAUUCCACAUCCGUAUGCGUUUGCAUCCAUUCCACGUCAUCCGUAUCAACAAGAUGUUAUCGUGUGCCGGAGCUGAUAGGCUCCAAACUGGAAUGCGUGGUGCUUUCGGCAAGCCACAAGGUACCGUCGCCCGUGUGCGCAUUGGACAACCCAUCAUGUCGGUGCGUUCCAGCGACAGAUUCAAGGCCCAAGUUAUUGAGGCUCUCCGUCGUGCCAAGUUCAAGUUCCCCGGUCGCCAAAAGAUCUAUGUCUCCAAGAAGUGGGGCUUCACCAAGUACGAUCGUGAGCGUUACGAAGAAUUGCGUGACGAAAACCGUUUGGAACCCGAUGGUUGCAACGUUAAAUACAGGCCAGAACAUGGACCCAUGGCUGCCUGGGAAAAGGUGCAACGUGAUGUUUACGCUUAAGUUUGUAAAUCGCUUGGUGUGAAAAA